CAGUUAAAGGAAUAACCGUUACUCGGUAGCAGAAAGUCUACAACUGCGAGGCGAUACGAGACAUGGCUGAAUACCAGCGUAGUCUUGAUUAAAGUACAUGGCGGUAUAUUCUUCUGUUCAACUUUAUGCAUCCCCCUUCGUUGCAUCGUAAGCAGUGGUGUAAAACGCAGAACAAAACGGCCAGAAAGACACUUUUGGGGGCGUUUCUCUGCCCGUUCGGACCGGGAUGAUCUCCAACUGUGGGGGUGCUUGCUGUCAAAAAGACUGUGCAUCCAUGCACACAAUGGGGUCACAACAGUAGAAUAAGCCGCCCCGGAGCUAACACAGUCUGCAGUGAUUGACAACAGUUACAAAUACAGCAGCACAGACACUUGUUAGGCAGGGUUUUCAGUUCCAUGGUGGUUCUUUAAAGGAAGGAGAGGAAUACCGAGCAUUAAACACAUCCAUCAGACUGCAUCUCUCAUAUCGAUGCAGUCUUCCAGAGGCUCUCCCUCCCUGACGCUGAGAAACCAGCAGCAGCAUGUCCCGCGUCUCCUCCACCGCCAAGCGCUACGCUGGCCCCUCCUACACCAGCCACUACAGCUCCUACAGCUCCUCCCUCACCCCAGGCCUUAGCUCCUACAGUGAGCGGGACAGGCUGUCCUCCUAUAAGUCCCCCACAUCCUCUUCCACAUCUUCCUCAGGUUACUCCUCCUCCAGCUAUCUGAGCAGCUCCGUUGCCCGCAGCCGCAACUAUAGCACUUCUUCAGACCCUGAUCGUGACCGGGGUCGAACCAUCCCACGCACAGACAUCCUUGGGAGCAGCAGCAGCAGCAGCAGCAGCAGCCGCCGGAGCGAGAGCCUCAGUAGAACCCCUGUCAAGAGCUAUGUAGGAUCAGGGUUGAGUGGGGGUUCAGCCUACACUGGCUAUAGCUCCAUUUCUUCAUCCUCGGCUCAGACCAGCUACCUCUCCUCUUCACCGGUGGCCUCCAGCAUUGCUCUUAAUCGACGGAAAUCUGUAUCCCAGAGUGACUUGAGCAGGGAUCUGGCCUCUUUGGCCCUCAGUGACACCUCCUCCUCUUCUUCUACCCCGUCCUCUUCCACCAGUGCCCUGCGAAGCUACCGCAAUCGGACCAGUGAUGUGGUUGACUCGUAUGGCACCAGCUUGCGUUCAGGCUAUUCAGGCCUGUCACGGAGCUCCACCCAGGAGGCCUUCAACAGCAGCAGCAGCAGCAGCAGCAGAGGGUUCAGUUCUUCGACAUGGGAGGCAAGAAACAAUGGGUUGCCUCACUCCCCAACCAGGGACUCAAUGAAUUCAAAGAGUGCCCAAGGUCUGGUUGGACUCAAGAACUUAGGAAACACUUGUUUUAUGAACAGUAUCCUGCAGUGUCUCAGCAACACACACAGCCUGCGAGACUACUGCCUGCACAACUCGCACCGCAGAGACCUUAACAACAACAGCCGCACCAACACAGCCCUCAUGGAAGAAUUUGCCAAGCUGAUCCAGACCAUGUGGACAUCAUGCAGCAGUGAGGCUGUCAGCCCGUCUGAAUUCAAAACGCAGAUCCAGAGAUACGCUCCCAGAUUUGUAGGAUACAACCAACAGGAUGCUCAGGAGUUCCUGCGGUUUCUCCUAGACGGCCUACACAACGAGGUCAAUAGGGUCACUGUCAGACCUAGAGGCACCGUGGAGGACUUUGACCACCUGCCCGAUGAAGAGAAAGGGAAGAAGAUGUGGAGUAAAUACCUGGAGAGAGAAGACAGUAAGAUAGUCGACCUGUUCGUGGGGCAGCUAAAGAGCUCUCUGACCUGCAGUCACUGUGGUUUCUGCUCCACUGUCUUUGAUCCCUUCUGGGAUCUCUCUCUACCUAUCGCCAAGAAGGGCUAUGGUGAGGUGAGCCUGAUGGACUGCAUGCGGCUCUUCACCAAGGAAGAUGUCCUCGAUGGGGACGAGAAGCCGACGUGCUAUAGGUGUAAAGCCCGUAGGAGAUGCACCAAGAAAUUCACAAUACAGAAGUUCCCCAAAAUCUUAGUGCUGCACCUGAAACGCUUCUCUGAGGCACGAAGAACCAGCAAACUGUCCACCUACGUUAACUUCCCUAUGAAGGAUCUAGACCUGCGGGAGUUUGCCUCUGAGAACAGCAUAAAUGCAGUGUACAACCUGUAUGCAGUGUCCAACCACUCAGGCACCACUAUGGGCGGUCACUACACAGCCUACUGUCGCAACCCCAACUCAGGAGAAUGGUACACAUUUAAUGACUCCAGAGUAACGCCAAUGUCUUCCAGCCAAGUACGCAGCAGUGACGCUUACGUCUUGUUCUACGAGCUGGCGUCCUCGCGGAUGUGAAGCUUUCUGGAGGACACUAGGCCACAGCACCGCUCUGACUGACGGACCACUGGAUGGAAGGAUUGAGAGAGCAUUGGUGGAGCAAGGCCUGUUUUGUACUUUGUAUUUGGACUUGUAUCACACACACACACACACAUGCCCACCACUUUGGAGACGGCUUCUUUUCUGGAAGAGCUGGAGAGGGGAGCACCACAGAAUCCUGAUCAGCCCUGUUUUCUUUACUCUCAUGUCUUGCUCACUCUAGGUGGAGCUGUGUUCACUGUGGUUGUGGGUGUGGGUGCAUGUGUGUGAGAUUGACACAGGGCAAUAAUCCCAUCUGUCCGACCAGCCAGUAAAUCCGUAUCCAUCUCAGAGGUCCCUCUCUAUGCACUGCAAACCAAACUCUAACCCCAACUGCGCCUUCUUUUUCUUUCAGUCCUUUUUGCCUCUAACCAAUAAAACCGAGUUGUUGCAUUUUUUGAUUUUUCUGCUUUGAUUAAAUGUUGCAUUCUUAUUAUGUUUUUGAAGUCUGCCCUGACAUUAUGAGCAUCCCAUAAAUCAACCACCUUGAACUGUGGAUAAUCUGAAGUGAAACGGAUCUGGUUGUGGUUACGAAGAGCUUACAGCCCACCGGCCUGCUUGGUUUUCAUGGUUUUCCCUUCCACUGCACUUCAGCACUCCCAUACCUGUGUUAGCAUCUACUUCACUCGUUCUUUCUUUGUGGUUGGGAGGCCGGUGGCACUGUGAGCGUUAUGUUUCAGAGGACAACCCUCUAAGUGGUGUUUUAUUUAAUUUGUUUGUGGCUGCUACUGAUGUUUUAAAAGUGGUGUGAAUGGAUGAAUGGACCGUCCAGUACAAAUCUGCUAUGGAUUAAUAAUUCAAACGAUAAUAAUAAUAAUAAUCCUCAUCAUGAAAAUGAGGUCUUUUCUUCCUCUCUUGUUUCAUGCCAUUGAACAACAUGGAAAGAAUGUUUUAAAGAAGAAAAAAUACUAUAUCUGUAUAUUUUUAUAUCCUGAUGCAAUAUAGAGAAUGUACUAUUCAAUGGUGCUGAAAAUGACCCAUACCUGUUUUCAGUUGGUUUAUGUACCAGGUUUCAAGAGAGAAAAAAAAGUUAUUAAACUUAUUAUUUAUGCUUACAGGUGAUAAUGUGAGGAGUCACACUUUUUAACAAUGGCAGUCAACACAAGUAUAUAAAUAUAUAUAUAUAUAUAUAUAUAUAUGAAUAAAAGUCAACACAACCGUGGUUUUACUUGA